AUGGAAGGCGCGCUGACUGCCCGGGACAAGGUCGGGGUGCAGGAUUUUGUGUUGUUGGAUGCCUACACCAGUGAAUCUGCUUUUCUGGACAACCUUCGCAAGCGUUUCAGCGAGAACCUCAUCUAUACGUAUAUUGGGACCCUCCUUGUGUCUGUGAACCCAUACCAGGAGCUUGGAAUCUACACUGUGAGCCAGAUGGAACUUUAUCAAGGGGUCAAUUUCUUUGAACUGCCACCACAUGUCUACGCCAUAGCUGACAACGCUUACCGCAUGAUGUGCUCUGAGCUAAAUAACCACUUCAUCCUCAUUUCUGGAGAGAGCGGGGCAGGGAAAACGGAGGCCUCCAAGAAGAUUCUCCAGUAUUUUGCAGUGACCUGCCCAAUGACUGAGUCACUACAAAUAGCCCGUGACAGACUACUACUCUCCAAUCCAGUGCUAGAGGCCUUUGGAAAUGCCAAAACACUCCGGAAUGACAACUCCAGCAGAUUUGGAAAAUACAUGGACAUACAGUUUGACUUUAAGGGCAUUCCUGUAGGCGGGCAUAUCAUCAGUUACUUGAUAGAAAAGUCUCGAGUCGUCUAUCAAAAUCACGGUGAACGGAAUUUCCACAUCUUCUACCAGCUGCUAGAGGGUGGGGAAGAAGAGCUCCUUGCUUACCUGGGACUUGAGCGAGACCCCCAGCUGUAUAAAUACCUCUCACAGGGCCACUGUGCCGAAGAGUCGUCUAUUAAUGACAAGAAUGACUGGAAAACUGUUUCCAAUGCCUUUUCUGUCAUCGAUUUUACUGAAGAUGAUCUUGAGAAUCUCUUUGGAAUUAUUGCCAGUGUCCUACACCUGGGGAACAUCUGUUUUGAAGAGAACCAGCAAGGCUGUGCCUCCAUACCAGUCACCCACGAGAUCAAAUGGAUUGCCAAGCUCCUAGGGGUCCACCCAUGGGUCCUUCUGGAAGCUCUCACCCAUAGAAAGAUUGAAGCCAAAACGGAGGAGGUCAUAUGCCCAUUGACGCUAGAACUCUCUGCCUACGCUAGAGAUGCAAUGGCAAAGGCCGUUUACGGACGAACAUUUACUUGGCUGGUCAACAAAAUCAAUUCCUCCUUAGUGAACAAGGUUGGUCCACACACAUUGGAUAAUGUGCUCACUAACACGGAUUUCACUGGGAAAACUGUGAUUGGAUUGCUGGAUAUCUAUGGGUUUGAAGUCUUUGACAAGAAUGGUUUUGAACAGUUCUGUAUAAAUUACUGCAAUGAGAAACUCCAGCAACUAUUAAUUGAGAGAACCCUAAAGGCGGAACAGGCAGAAUAUGAACUGGAAGGCAUAGAGUGGGAGCCAAUUCAGUAUUUCAACAACAAGAUCAUCUGUGACUUGGUAGAAGAGAGACACAAAGGAAUCAUUUCCAUUCUGGAUGAAGAAUGUAUUCGUCCUGGUCCUGCUACAGACUUGAGUUUCCUGGAGAGAUUGGAAGAGAAAGUGGGCAAGCACGCACACUUCCAAACCCGGAAGCUGGCAGGUCCAAAGGGCAGAAAGAGGAUUGGCUGGAUGGAGUUCCGGCUCUUCCACUAUGCAGGAGAGGUCACAUACUGCACCAAGGGAUUCUUGGAAAAAAACAAUGAUCUCCUCUACAGACAUCUGAAAGAAGUGCUGUGCAGGUCCAAAAACAGAAUCCUGAAGGAAUGCUUCCGGGUGGCCGAGUUAGAAAACCGGAGAAGGCCACCAACAGUGGGGACUCAGUUUAAAAACAGUCUGAGCAGCCUUCUGGAAAUUCUCAUCUCUAAGGAACCUUCGUACAUCCGUUGCAUCAAGCCCAACGAGAGUAAAGAACCCAGCAAGUUCGAUGACUUCCUCAUAAGGCAUCAGGUCAAGUACCUGGGGCUGAUGGAGCACCUGCGGGUGAGACGGGCCGGCUUUGCGUACCGACGGAAAUACGAGCAUUUCUUGCAAAGGUACAAGUCUUUGUGUCCAGACACCUGGCCGCACUGGCACGGGCCUCCAGCAGAGGGCGUAGAGCGGCUGAUCAAGUACAUUGGCUACGAGCCCGAGGAGUACAAGUUAGGGAGAUCCAAAAUAUUCAUUCGCUUCCCCAGAACUCUGUUUGCUACUGAAGAUGCCUUUGAAUUUAGUAAACAUCAAUUAGUUGCGAGAAUCCAAGCCAUGUACAAAGGCUGCCUGGAAAGGAGAGCAUACGUGAGAAAAAGACAAGCAGCCAUUAAACUUGAAGCCCACUGGCGUGGAGCCCUGGCUCGGAAGGAGGCCAAAAGGAGAAAGUGGGCUGUGCAGAUUAUAAGAAAGUUCAUAAAGGGAUUCAUCAAUCGCAACAAGCCCCUCUGUCCUGACAAUGAGGAGUUCAUUGUGUACGUGCGGAAGAAUUACAUCUUGAAUCUUCGGUAUCAUGUCCCAAAGAACGUCUUGGACAGGAGCUGGCUGAGGCCUCCUGGCCUCUUGGAAAAUGCAUCGAAUCUGCUCAGGAAAAUGUGCGUGAGGAACCUGGUCCGGAAGUACUGCCAAGGGAUCACAGCCGAGAGGAAAGCCCUGAUGCAGCAAAAGGCGAUUACAAGUGAAAUAUUCAGGGGAAAGAAAGAAGGCUAUGCAGAAAGCUUAAAUCAACCCUUUGCCAACAGCCGAAUAGAUGAAGGAGACAUUAAUCCCAAAGUGCUUCAACUCAUCAGCAGUGAGAAAAUCCAGUACGGCAUCCCGGUCAUUAAAUAUGACAGGAAAGGCUUCAAGACACGGCAGAGGCAACUCAUUCUCACUGAGAAAGCAGCUUACGUGGUGGAACUUGCCAAAAUCAAGCAGAAAAUAGAGUACCCUGCGCUCAAAGGUGUCUCUACCAGCAGCUUCAGUGACGGAAUCUUAGUCAUUCACGUUUCGCCAGAACACAACAAGCAAAAGGGGGAUGCCGUCUUACAGUGCAAACACAUAUUUGAGGCAGUUACUAAACUCGUCAUGCUGGUUAAGAAGGAGAACGUUGUAAAUGUUGUUCAGGGAAGUUUACAGUUUUAUAUUAGUCCUGGAAAAGAAGGCACAAUAGUUUUUGACACCGGACCAGAAGAACAAAUCUAUAAAGAUAAAAACGGACAGUUAACAGUGCCACGCGGGCGGCUGCACCGCUAA